AUGAACUGGAACAAAGACGGUAGUGACUCCAAGGAGAAAAGCUACCAGAUCACAACGCCCCUAUGGCUGCGCGUGAUUCCCAUCGGAGCCGUUGGCGCAGGCAUUCUCGGCGGCGAGCUCCUCUCGCUCGCUGUUCGAACCGCCUUUGGGCACAAGAGCUGGCAUGAGCACGGCCGCGGCUGGAUCUGGGUCGUGACGCACCUAAUCCCCGUCAUCGUCUUCUUCAUCAACAUGGCGCUGACGCGCGUCUCGACGCUGGCGCCCCACGAGGUAGCGGUCUACGACUCGAGCAAGGGAAAGAAUAUGCUCCAGUAUGUCUUCACCAGCAAGCACGGCGGGCCCCGUAGCCUCACCUUUGCCAUGUUCUCAAACAGUCUCGCGGCCGGCAUCUCCCUGCCCAUGCUCUGGGACGGCAGGGCCACAUGGCUCCCCAUCACGAUCUGCGCCGUGAGCGUCGUCGCCGUCCUUGCCCUUACGGCGGUUCUCUUCACGUGCACGGCGCGACGACUUAACCCAAACGAAACCCUCCAGCAGUAUCAUGCCUAA